ACUACUUGACUGUGCAAACAACCAAUUUUCAUCCAAAAUUUAAGCAGUACAACUUUAUACUAUUAAAAUAAAAUUGUGAUCAUAUUUAUUUAGAAGCAUGUAAAAUAGCAUAUAAAAUGGAUGAAUUCGAUUUUGAUAUGAACACUGGUGUUAUUAAAGAAGCUAAACGUCAAUUAACGAAAGAUGUUGUUCAUAAAAGGUGUAUGAGUGUUAUAGAAAAGAACAUUCAUCACCCACAUCAUAAUGAAAAUAUUAAUAAUCAAAUAGAAAUAAAUGACGAUUAG